AUGUUUUCUGGAAAUCUGGUUAUUAAGAAAUGUUCCAUGAUUUCUGUGCUGAAUUAUCGUAACAAGAACAGCAAAGCUAAACAAUAUGGGUUUAUUAACUCCUGCCUGAAGUCCCUCCUGGUAGAGAAAUUUGGUGAAGAAACAUGGGAAAAGCUCAAAGCCCAGGUUGGAACUGAAGACACUUUUAUGACAUAUACAGUGUAUGAUGAUUCUUUGACUGUGAAGUUGGUCCAAGAAGCCUGCAACAUGCUAAAAAUGCCAGAGGAGGCAGUGCUGAAGCUUUUUGGGCAAUAUUUUUUUAAUUUCUGCAAAACAUCAGGAUAUGAUAAAAUGUUACGGACACUAGGAGGAAAUUUGAUGGAGUUUAUUGAGAAUCUGGAUUCCUUACAUAGCUACCUUGCUUUGUCCUAUCAGAAAAUGAAUGCACCAUCAUUUCGAGUGGAAAGGAAAGAUGGGAUAAUGCUCCUCCACUAUUAUUCAGACAGAAAAGGCUUGUGUCACAUUGUCCCAGGAAUUAUUGAAGCAGUAGCCAGAGAUUUCUUUGAUUGUGAAGUGUCCCUGGAGAUCCUUGAACAAAAUGUAGAAGAGGAGCGCACUGGGAAGAAGGAGCAUGUGGUGUUUUUUAUUUUACAGACAAAUGGGACAGUGAAGCCCAACAUCGAGAAACAAGCAAUUUCUGCAUGUGAAGAUGGGUCUCAGAAGGACAAAGAGGUGAUGAUGUUUCAUUCUAUAGAAAGAGCAGAGGAGCUGAUACAGAGCAGAAGAAAUAGGGACAUUUCUAAAUUAUGGGCUGUAUAUUUGUGUGUGGGAGAAGGCAGCAAUCUCCAGGAAAAAAAAUGUUUCUUUUCUACAGGAAACCUUCUACAUACCUUUGAGCCAUUGUUCCCCGAGCGGCUUUGGCUUGACAAGAGAACCUUCUGCCACGCAUUUCCUUUCCACCUCGUGUUUGAUGAAACACUGAAAAUCAAACAGGCCGGUGUAAAUAUUCAGAAAUUUGUACCCGGAUUGCAAAUAAGUGGAACCAGAUUAGAUGAGUAUUUUUCUAUUAUUCAUCCACAAGUCACAUUCACUAUUUCCAGCAUAAAAAAGUUUAUCAACAGCCAGUUUGUUCUCAAGAUAAGGAGAGAAAUUAUGUCCAAGUCAGUGAAGAAACGGACUGCGCUGAAGCUCAGAGGACAAAUGAUUUGGAUGGACUGCAUUCACAGCAUGAUUUACUUGUGCUCACCAAAGCUCCGCAGUUUAGAUGAGUUAGAAGAACAAGAAAUGCACCUUUCUGACAUCGCCCAGCAUGACCCAACAAGAGACCUCAUCCUCUUCAACCAGCAGCGGCUGGCAGAGAUAGAACUAUCCAACCAACUAGAGAGAAAAAAGGAAGAGCUUAGGAUUCUCUCUAAGAACCUAGAGAUAGAAAAGAAGAAAUCGGAAACUUUACUCUAUGCCAUGUUACCAAAACAUGUGGCUAAUCAGCUGAAGGAAGGCAAAAAAGUCGAAGCAGGAGAUUUUGGCUGCUGCACAAUACUUUUCAGUGAUGUCGUGACUUUCACAAACAUCUGUUCUGUCUGUGAACCUAUUCAGAUCGUGAACAUGCUUAAUUUAAUGUAUUCCAAGUUUGAUCGACUGACUAGCAUCCAUGGAGUUUAUAAAGUGGAAACCAUUGGUGAUGCCUACAUGGUUGUAGGAGGAGUUCCAGUCCCAGUUGCCAGUCAUGCUGAAAGGGUGGCUAAUUUUGCCCUUGGCAUGAGAAUUGCUGCAAGAGAAGUUAUGAACCCUAUUACCACUAGACCUAUACAGAUUAGAAUUGGGAUACACACCGGACCAGUGUUGGCUGGUGUAGUUGGGGAGAAAAUGCCCAGAUACUGUUUAUUUGGUGAUACCGUCAAUACAGCUUCCAGGAUGGAAAGUCAUGGAUUGCCAGACAAAAUCCAUAUCAGCUCCACAACAUUCAAAGCACUUCCUCCUCAAGUGUUUGAGAUAGCAGAAAGGGGAAACAUAGAGGUGAAAGGCAAAGGGAAAAUGUCAACCUAUUUCCUGAAACAAAAUCUCAGUGCUACUGAGGAUGAAAUAAUGGGACGCCCUGCAGCU